AUGAUCCCCACAAUGGCCGAGGAGCGAACGCCGCUCAUCGGAGGUGGCCAAACCGUUCUCGGACAGCCUGGAUAUGGAGGGCCAUCUUCGCCACAAAGUCAAGGAAGUAGUGAAGGCACUUUGGUGUCACCAGUUGGUCCAGAUGAACUACCACCUCCAUACACCCCCUCAUCAUCGGGGGUCCCCAUGGUCACUUGUCGCGUCUGUCAAGCAAUGAUUGACAUUUCUGGGAAAGUCGACCAGCAUGUAGUCAAGUGCACUCAAUGCAACGAAGCCACACCCAUAAAGAAUGCUCCUCCAGGCAAGAAGUAUGUCCGCUGCCCAUGUAAUUGUCUCCUGAUUUGUAAGAGCUCCUCCCAGCGGAUAGCUUGUCCCCGGCCCAAUUGCAAGAGGAUCAUCAAUUUGUCACCCUCUCCUGUCAACCCGUCUCUGCCCAAUGUGCCGGGAAUGUGCCGCGUCACAUGUGCGCACUGCCAUGACACUUUCAUUUUUAACACUCUUAACAAUGCCCUUGCUAGAUGUCCACAUUGUAGGAAAGUUUCAUCGGUUGGGCCAGAAUUUGCACGAUGCCGAGGGAUUGUAUUUGUAGUCUUCGCCCUGGUUUUCUUGGGCAUAGGAAUUGCUCUUACUGUCACAACUCUCAGUUACACAGCUAGUUAUCCUGGCAUCUAUGUUGCAUAUAUUGUGGCCUUCCUGGUGUCCCUAAUCCUCUUUUAUCGAACUGUCUACUAUUGUUCCAUGAAGAUCAGUCUCAUUGAGGGACCUCUAUAAAUUUGAUGAAAUUUGGUAAAAUGUAUGUGUUGUCUACCCUUGUUUGUCUGUUACAAAUUCUUUUCAGGUGGUCGGGAGAAGGAAGAUAGACUAGAUAUAUACACACUUCUAGUGACCAUCAUUGCAUGCAUUGUAGUGUAUGAAUGAACCUUUGGCUUGGGAUCAUAUACUGACAAUCUGAACUUGUUUGUCAAGGAAUUGGUGAUCUUGAGAGUCCCAAAUACUUGUUACCUUACUCUUUUUUUCUACAUAGUUUUAACAAAUUCCAGGAUUUUUCUUCUUUUCUUUUACAGAACUUGCAGUUUAGUAACAUGACUUGUGAAACUUUUAUAAUAAUAUCCCUUCAGGGUCACACUUGCCAGUCAAAUCGAAUUUGGUUUCAAUAUCUUCAGUUUUAUGUUAUCCUUCUGUAUCCUAAAUACUGAAUUUUGAGGAUUUGAUAAAAGAAUUUGAUGCCAUAUUUAGUAGGCUGGAAAGUGAUUACUGGUCUGUAGUCAGGUUAAGAGUCUUUGAAUUUCCAUAGUUCAGUAGCUGAAUAAUAUCAGAUAUUUAGAAAUUCAGAUAACCUUUAAUAUGAAUGGAUAAUAGAAGGGUAAUCAAGAUUUGACACACAUACUGUGUUGAUAAAGUGAAUGAUUUUGUCUCUUCUGUCAGCUUUCUUUAUCUUACUGUAUCUAUUUAAGAGCAUUUGCCCUAGUCUCAUGAAUGUUAUGAAGACUAGACAUUGUAUAAUGGAUAUUAGAUUCUUUUGCAUAAAUAAUUGAUGUUCACAGUAGAUGGUAAGUAUUAUAUAAUUAUAUUUUAUGUAUAUUAAGGAGACAUCACCAACAAUCUUGAAUGAUCAAAAUGUAGAUCAUGAUACUUUAAGAUGUUGAUAACUUAUGUUGGAAAUAUUAUGAGAGUUUUGAAGUCAUUGUAGGAUAAUUUAAAAUAAGUCUAGAAACCUGUGAUAAGCUAAUGAUCUUAGGAAGCUAUCCCCCCUCUGUAGCGUGAUUAUGCUCAGACAAACCUGAAUUCUUAAACAACUGAAAGCAAUCGAUAUCAUGGAUAUAUAUUUUUAUUGAGAUUGCUUUUAAGGUAUUGGUUUAGAUGUUGAUUUCAUUUUCUCUUUUUUUUUUUUUUUCUCUGUUUUUUCUAUUGCUGCUAUAUAAGGCUGUUUAAGGAUUUGGCCCUGUGUAUCAUUAUUAGAUAGUACUCAAAGUCGUCUUGUAUGUGCCCGUCCUGUCAUACAAAAAAUAUUUACCAAAACGAAAAUUUAAAAAAGACCAUUUGUAUUACCACUGCAUGGUCAUAUUUUGUAAACAAGCAAGUACUAUACUUGCAGAUUGAUAAAGUUAUAUAUAUAAAAAAGAUAAAAAAUAAAAAGUACAUGUAAGCAAAACAGUGUACAAAAUUCUUUUUUCUUUUGCUUUCAAACUUGAGAAUUGAUUUCUAAACUUAAAUAUUUAGUUGAUCAGGGUUGGUGAUACAGAAGAGGAUACACUAGGCUUUGGGAAAGAUCCAGGCAGUAGACUAGAGAUAGUGAGAAA